AUGAAAGAAACCUACACCCUCAAUGCAUUGAUCGUCACUGGACUUCAUUCCCGACAAACAAAGCUUGGAUAUACGCCUCUUGCCAGUACCUACAUACAACCGCUCUCUGCCGCACUGCCUUUGCUCUUCCUAAGACACACACAUCCAGCAUCGUCGAGAAUCAAACAUCAGACACAAACCAUCACCAAGAAACUCACGACAAUGCCAGACCUCACCAACCACAUCCAGGCUUUGCCGCAGGAGCUACAAGACAUGAUCUGCGACCGAGUCGUCGCCAUCAAACCAGGCCAGAAAAUCCGAAUCGACAAAUCCUACAAUGCUCCCUGGCAGCUGCAAGUCCACCCGUCAGAUCGCGAAAAGCUUGCACCCAUCUACUUCGGAGAAUCCACCUUCGUCACGACAUUUCACUGGUGGCCCCCCCACAAAACCAAUCGGGACAUCGUGAACUGGGCCCAGCUCCAGACCAAGGCGCAUCGGGAAAUGAUCAAGCAUGUCGAAGUCGAGGUCAAGUUCGGUUGCGACAGCGAUUUGCCUUCUGAUGUCGAGUUCUUCGAGAAAGAUGCACGAAACCGCCGGUUCUUCGGUGGUGUUGUCAGAGACAUGCUGAAGAGGAGCAACGUCGAGUUCCCAAAUGCCGAGUUCUCUGUAACGUAUGGAGGAUCUCAUGAUCUUUGGACGGAUUGGGCGGUUUGGGGGUAUCCUAGUCAAAGUGUUGGGGAGGCCUCUAAGUUGAAGAGUGACAACCACAUCAAGCUCUUCCACCCUUCCACCAACAUGUCGCUCGACCAGCGCAUCCAGGCAUUGGCACAGGAGCUCCAGGACAUCAUCUUCGGCUACACCGUCGCUUUCGAGCCAGGAAUCGUUACCAUCAACAGGAAAUGGAAAGCUCCAUGGCAGCUUCAAAUCAAUCGCAAAUCUCGAGCCGAACUCUCCAAGGCUUACUAUGGCCACAGCACGUUCCGCAUCACCACGAAAGCCGGCUUUUUUCUUCCUCACAUUGAUGCAAUGGGUCAAAAUGAUUCAGGAGAAGCAGCGCAAGAUGAUCUCGAAUCUUCGUGUUGA